AUGGAUCGUAAACGCGUAAAAAACAAACCGAGAAAUAUUCAGGGCCGGCCUAUUUUCGAUGUACCAUAUGUAUUUCGUGUAAAAAGUCGUCCUAUUGUCUCCACAAGUGAAAAUAAAGAACAGUAUAAUCAUGACCAUUGUCGCAUUAAGUCCUCUGAUCACCAGCACAAAUAUGUACCAUGUAAAGCCUGUAAUCGAUCUCUAUCCUAUGACGGACAACACCAGCGGACAAGAAAACGUCCUUUAUCAUCACGAGCUGUUCGUCACGAUCCAUGUUACAGAGAUGUUCAAAAUACUGGCUACGAUUAUACUUUAUCUCAAGAAAGCAAACAUCCUCCGUCAAAUUCAGAUUUAGAACGACUAAGUCGACCGAAAACCGCACCAUCAACAACUAACUGCAAUUGGAAUAAUUUUAUCAAGAAAAAAACGAUCAGUACGCCUUAUGCGACAUGUGAUUUAUCACCUGAAAACGAAUGGAAUGAAACUCGUCCCCCAUUCGCGAAUUAUGGCUCAGGUUAUAACGAUAAACAAACAGGAAAAAAACGAACAUUCAAUUCAUUAGCUGUUCAUCAACUUAAACACAACGAAUUAGAUGAAAUAAGACGAAUGAAUCACUUGCAUGAAAUUCGACUUCGACAACAAGCUGAAGCUUAUUUUCGUGAAUUAGAUGAACGGCGUGCAAUGGAGGCAGCUAGAAAUGAUCGAAACUCACGAAAUGCGACCGAAUAUAGAGAAAAAUAUCGACCACCAAAUGAAUAUAUUUCUACUCGUAAUGUAUCAACUCAAGUUCGAAAAUAG